AUAAUAGUUGCUAUUGUCAUAAAACGUGAUGGAAAAAGGCCUGUUUGACAUACAUCAAUGCUCUCGGAAAACUUCUGUUUUACCGCUUAAAAACUCAUUUGUGUUUUCUAUAUGACAUGCCAGCACUUCAGGAUUUUUGAACUUCAAGAAUCUUUGUCAGUUUACAUACGCCAUUAGACUGCUUACAAUAUCGAAUCGGCUUUAUGUUUGGUAAAUAGACAGCGCAUCCAAGACGUCGGCGUAUUAAGCCUAUUCGGAAGUUCUUGUAUGCAUUAACACAAGGAAAAUCAAAGGAGCACUGCUUCAUUAUUCAUUGUGGGAACAUCAACAGCCAAGAGAAGCCAACUUAUUAGAGAGGGUCGAUUAACUUAAAGUGAACAGGGAAUUUUUAAAUGCCGAACAAGUAAGUAUUUAGUACUAAUGUUAUGAACUAAGGAUAUUAGAGUCGAAGUUGAAGUGUGCCGGCUUUAGCUAUGAAGUGGUCAUUUGACAACACACACACCAGCCUAAGUUUCACUGUGAACAACAAAUCUUCUCCAAAGUUAUCAUUCAGUGUUGUUUGGUGCGUUUUAUUAACUUGGGGUAUUUUGCUUAUAACAUAAUCAAACGUAAACAGGUGUUGUAGGCGUGAGUGAUCAAAAAGGCAAAGCGAUGAAACACCCAUGAUAUUUAACUUCAAACAAGUUGUGAUUUUCUACCAUGCUCAAUCCUUUGUGAAACUAUGACAAGGAUUCUAGAAAAUGACUGUCUGUAUAAACAAUGGCCAGCCAUAAUUAAGGCCAUUUCGAAAAGCUAUUUAUAAUUAAAGAGAAGCCGAUCUUUUACAUUGAAUUACUUGGUUAUUGAAUACUUUUUUUCUGAAGUCAAAACAUUCACAACGGCACUUGUCAGUUCGCAACAUCCUACCGGUAAAAGCCUAUUUGGAAAAUUCACGCGAAAACAAAACCAGUUGCCGACCGCCAUUCUACCCCAUACUGAGACGUUCUAUAUUUUACCAAUGAUCUGUAAAAACAGUGUUUAUAUAUUCAUCGCUAUGUUGAGUCAGAAUUCUAUGAUGCUCACUCAGCUAUACAAAGUAGUAUUAAGCUUUUCGAUAGAAUGUUUACUUCAUAAAUUAAGCACGUUUGAGUUUCACUGUGUUAAAAGACGCACGCGCCUUUUACCCUUGUUGUUCCGUACUCUCGCCCCUUUGUCCUCGUCCGCAUAUUCCCCAGCGAACACUUCUCCUUCUUUUAACGAUUAUCAAACUUUGAACAUUUUCAAAUGUUUGAAAUUACUGAAAUAGGGGAUAAUUUUGUUUAACUAUUACACUCGGGUUUUUCUUAUUACGCUCUGAAUGAGCACAUUUGAAAGAACAUCUCAACCACCUCGUAACUUAGCAAAACAAUCACAAGUAACGCUUUUAUCUCCGAAAACAAUUAAUAUCGAUCCACGUAACUUCCUGAAUUUGGGACAUUUCUUGAAUGGCACGCCGUACGUUUUCUUUCCUUUUAUAAAUAUCAAAAAGGCCGACGAAUCGUCACCAGUCGAUCAAUCAAGUGGUUUUAAAGUGGACAAAUACAAUUGGUUAAAAGUUUCAUAGAGUGCUAUCUGUCUUCAUAUACCCAAUAAGCUAUCAUCAAUCCAGCACUACUAUAGGAUAUUUAAUGACUCCAUCGGCUAUACUGGCUUACGUAUCGGGUUUGUUUACACUAUUGUUUCACGUGACGGGAAGGUUGUAAUUAAAGACCGCCAUUUUUUUUUCACAGUUGAUGCAAAAUUCCGAUGUUUGUAUUGAACAAGUUUUAUUGAUUGUUUUCUAACGUCAUAAACUUGAGGUACUUUGUGUAAGAAAAGUGGAUUAGUUAAGAAACGAGGCAAAUAUUCUUUAAUUUAACGAAUUUACGUUGGAAUUAAGGCUAAUCAAAACGUUUGGAUUAGAGCUUAACCGUGACUUUUUCAGUAAUCUUCCGACAACUUUGUGAUUUGAGGGUUUUAUAUUAAUAAAUCCUUUGUUGUGACUAACAUUUUAUGGUCUUUUUUCGUUACAUUGCUUGGCGUUGUUUGAAAACUUGUCAAGCAGGAGGUAGAACUUCUGAAAACUUCAGGCUAAAAAGUUAUUUAAAAAUGACAUCUUGACCUGAAUUCUACUGUCUAUGCACAUAAGUUUUGGUCAUUAUUUCAAAUCAACAAGUCAUUGAAUUAAAUUUAAUUUGCAUCUGUGACUUGGUGCUAAUUUGUUUUGUUCUCUUACUUCAUUUCUACUGGCUAUCUUUGGAGAACAAAACGACACAUCAUAAACAUACAUAUAUAAUAGUUGCUAUUGUCAUAAAACGUGAUGGAAAAAGGCCUGUUUGACAUACAUCAAUGCUCUCGGAAAACUUCUGUUUUACCGCUUAAAAACUCAUUUGUGUUUUCUAUAUGACAUGCCAGCACUUCAGGAUUUUUGAACUUCAAGAAUCUUUGUCAGUUUACAUACGCCAUUAGACUGCUUACAAUAUCGAAUCGGCUUUAUGUUUGGUAAAUAGACAGCGCAUCCAAGACGUCGGCGUAUUAAGCCUAUUCGGAAGUUCUUGUAUGCAUUAACACAAGGAAAAUCAAAGGAGCACUGCUUCAUUAUUCAUUGUGGGAACAUCAACAGCCAAGAGAAGCCAACUUAUUAGAGAGGGUCGAUUAACUUAAAGUGAACAGGGAAUUUUUAAAUGCCGAACAAGUAAGUAUUUAGUACUAAUGUUAUGAACUAAGGAUAUUAGAGUCGAAGUUGAAGUGUGCCGGCUUUAGCUAUGAAGUGGUCAUUUGACAACACACACACCAGCCUAAGUUUCACUGUGAACAACAAAUCUUCUCCAAAGUUAUCAUUCAGUGUUGUUUGGUGCGUUUUAUUAACUUGGGGUAUUUUGCUUAUAACAUAAUCAAACGUAAACAGGUGUUGUAGGCGUGAGUGAUCAAAAAGGCAAAGCGAUGAAACACCCAUGAUAUUUAACUUCAAACAAGUUGUGAUUUUCUACCAUGCUCAAUCCUUUGUGAAACUAUGACAAGGAUUCUAGAAAAUGACUGUCUGUAUAAACAAUGGCCAGCCAUAAUUAAGGCCAUUUCGAAAAGCUAUUUAUAAUUAAAGAGAAGCCGAUCUUUUACAUUGAAUUACUUGGUUAUUGAAUACUUUUUUUCUGAAGUCAAAACAUUCACAACGGCACUUGUCAGUUCGCAACAUCCUACCGGUAAAAGCCUAUUUGGAAAAUUCACGCGAAAACAAAACCAGUUGCCGACCGCCAUUCUACCCCAUACUGAGACGUUCUAUAUUUUACCAAUGAUCUGUAAAAACAGUGUUUAUAUAUUCAUCGCUAUGUUGAGUCAGAAUUCUAUGAUGCUCACUCAGCUAUACAAAGUAGUAUUAAGCUUUUCGAUAGAAUGUUUACUUCAUAAAUUAAGCACGUUUGAGUUUCACUGUGUUAAAAGACGCACGCGCCUUUUCCAAUGUGGUUCCCGCAUGGUUAAGCGGUUUGAAAGAUGGAAAGUGAAACCAGCGGUUCCUUUGCUGCGCAAAAGGAUGCUAAUCGAUGGCUAAUUGCUCGUUCUGGCCCAGUGUGCGAGAACUAAUUGCCAAUGACGUCUCUGUUUACACAAGGAUCGCUUAAGUAGGCGAUAAAAAUAGAGACAUCUUAAAGAAUAUUGGAAGCCAGGGCGAAACUGAGCAACUGCAUGAACCGACAUAGACGAAUGAUUGAUGUAAAGAACAAAUUAGCGAAAAAACAAAAAGGGUUGAUCAUACUGUUCCCCUAUUAUAUCUUAUUAAUUUUUUCGUUUUGUCUCUUCUUUUUCCUUUUUUCCCCGUUUUCCAUUUCUAACAAUUCCCAAAAAACAUGAGCUAAGUUUAAAAAAAGUUACAGUAUAAUUGCUUCAUAUAAUGGUUAACCAUUCCUUGAGACGGUCCAGUCUAACCUAGAUAGGUUCUAAGUUCAUGGCGGAAGAAACUUAUAAUUACUUCAACGACGUUUGUACACUUCAGAAAACUUUGUAAAAUGCAUGAAAGCUCAAACUUUUGCUCUUAUGUCGACGUUUCGUUAUCAAACAGCAAAACAAUGAUUUAACGUCGACAAAUCAGUUCCAGCGUUUUUAAAUCAGUUUUAAACCAGUCAUGGUAGCUGUAAAUAUAGUGACAAUGAGAAAUGGCCUGAGGCUCUAAAUAGUGAUUAGUUUCGAAGCACAUACAAAAGCUAAAAACGUGACCCCCUCCCCCGCCUGAGGCAACAUUAAAUUAGUAGAUAAGUUCCUUUAGAGACUACCCUGCGAGCAGUGGUUUCUCCAGACCGCCUGCUACGGGAGAGUAGCGUCCGGCCUGGAGAAACCACUGCUCGCAGGGUAUUUAGAGACAUCAAAUUUAGAUAACCCUUCAACUCACAAGACCACCUUCUCAGCAAGCACAAAUUCCCCCUGGAAUUUGUCUGCUGAAUAUUGAAUCAAUCGAGGGGAAUUCUUUAAAAAACAACUAAGCGAACUUUUUCCCUUAUAAAGAAAUCUUAUAAUUUUCUUUCCCCCCUUUCUCUUUUCAAUGUCAUUUUCGCAAUCAAACAAAAUGAGCUAAGCAUUAAAUUCGUAACAAGUGCUCCCGUGCGAGUUUACGUUGAGAAAGUUGGCCCGCUUUCUCAUGACUUAUCUUAGGUUUUGCUUUCAUUGAAGACUUAAACGGAUUUAAAUUGUUUGAAAGGAGCUUUAUCACGACCUUUUGGUUCGAUUUUGGUAUUAAUGCAGAACCUUAAAAUCGCAUUGGAAAUCAACGAAAACCCUGAAAUAGUGGGCCAACGUUUUCAAGGUUAAACUCCCGCCCGUGUCGAAAAUAUGACCGAACACCAUUUAUGCACUGUUUCCCUGUUUUCCCUUUGACGGAAUCAUUUGAUAUUUCUUUUAUUUUAAUAUACGAACUGAGAUGACUGAGAAUCACCCUAGUCUUAUAAAUUUCAGCUCACCUUAAACAGAGUUGUGAAACUGACCAUAACAUAACCCUUUUAAAAAGCAGUACGCUCCAGUGUUCUUUUUAAUUAUUAUUAUUAUUUUUUUUUUUUUUUAAAUUUAAAAAGUAAUAAUUUUAUUCAACUUUUAAAAAUAUGUACAAAAUUUACAGAAAUACUUGGAGCAAGAAUCAAGCACUAUAUAACAUUAAGAAUAGUAUAAAUAAUAAAAAUAGCAGUCACUGUGUAAAUAACGAUUUCACAAAUACAUUCCUUGCGGCUCAGAUGAGGUCACUUGACUCCCGCAGGCAGUCCAGAGUUUUAAAUUAAGUCAUUACCAAUCCGUCUCUGAUAUUAAAAAGAAAACAAGUUAAAAAGAAUAAAAAUCUCGUAUUCCUAAAUUCCUAUUUCUUUAAAAAAAGUUACCGUAAUUCGGGCAGGUCUAAUAUUAUCAAUCUGUAGGUCUGAGUCAACAAAGUCUAGCUGUCUUCUUCUGGAUCUUGAGCCUUUCAAGCAUAGUAUCGCAGAUUAGUAUCGUUAUUAUUAUUCUAUUAAUUUGUUAAUUUAUUUCUAUUUUUAAGGGAAACUUGGUUAACUGAUCAUUCAUGUUAAAUACUCAAUCUCUCUUCUCCGGCGCGCAGAGGACUCUAUUUGCCGCUAGGAGACUAUAGAGAGUGGGAAAGAGACACUUUCUUUUCUUGUACUACAAUAGACCUUUUUACCGAUACGGCGGCCAUAUUGAAUUAAUUCGAUUUAAGGAGUAUUAAGGGUAUGAGCACAUUUCCUUUGUAUUUUCGAGCGCUUUUCGGGACAUUUUUUCUUAAAGUUUUCUUAGAUGAAGAUUGUAAUGGGGAAAAAGAUCCUUGUGCCGUGUUUGGAUGUAAUAAUGAUAGUCUUUUUCUAGUUUAGUAUUAGAAUCAUGGUCUUUCACUGUAUAUUUCUCGGGAAAAAGGCGAUCCGAUUAUUACAUCCAAACACGGCACAAGGAUCUUUUUUCCAAUUACAAUCUUAUUCUGAGAAAACUUUCUGAAAAGAUGUCCCGAAAAGCGCUCGAAAAUGUGCUUAAAUCGAAUUAAUUCAAUAUGGCGGCCGUAUCGGUUAAAAUGUCAAUUGGCCAUUUCCCGGCUGCUCCAAGCCUCUGUUUCAAAGCGAGGCUAAAUGCGAAGGUACUGAUAUGAAAAUGAUUUUUCAUUUUCAUUCAAAUAAAACUCAUCUUUACAAGAAAGGUUUUGCUCUUAACCUGGUUUUGAAAGUGAGAGUUUUUGCCACUCGGAAAUGGUAUAUUAAGUCUGUGCGGGAUUCAAUCCGAAAAAAGAUAAAAAAAAGUUGUAACGAAGAACGUCGAGGCUACGUUAGCCAAAGAGCUAAAAUGACGUAAAACACAAUGAAUUUUGAGUACCAGGAAGUAUUCUUGUAAUUGGCGCAAAGUUAAUAAAAAUUGGCACGAGAAAUCGAUGCAAUUAAUAAAUAAAUAAUAAUAUUAAAUUUUCAUGGCAAAGCAUUCAAAUGAAACAAAUACCAUUGAUGUAUUAGUUUAAUUUAGCAGUCAUCAAGAGUAGUGUAUCGUUAUGAUCAUGAAGCUAACGCGAGGGUGAAAUCGCUGACCUCAAAAAGACUGCUGGACUUUAUCGGGGCAAAAUGGUUUUUAAGAGGCUCUGACACUUUCGUAUUCGGUUGAGAGCUUUACACGUUAGAAAUAUUUAUUCGACGCCAGAAAUAUCUUCAUUUGUAUCGGACACUGAGAAAUCGAGCUGUAUUGGGCAGUCUAAUGUGUGCAGGUCGAAGCGCCGAGUCUGUUUUGUGCUUAGGUGGGAAAGAUUUCAUUAAAAAGAUAGCUAACACUGAAAAUGUGUGAACGAAAACUACAACUUAGCUAAUUUUCGAACACAUUUAUUUUAUUGGUAAUAUCUCGUAUAGAUGCCAUGAAAGUGUAGUUUGAUCAGUGUUGUGUACGUAGAACUAUUUUAGUCGUCCGAAAUGUAAUCAAACACGACAUUGGACUGCGAUUGUUAUUUUUGUUUCUGAAAAUGCCUGGAUCGCGCGAGAUCCGCUACACUAUAUAGCCAGAGGGUAUUAUAAUAGCUAUUUUUGAUAUAAAAAUAGAGACUUCUGGUUUUGGGGGCCUACCAAAUUGACAGUUACUAUCUUAUAUCAGAAGACUUGUUAAAUUAGCAACACUUUAGCCAGUAGGAACGUUACAACCGCUAUAUUGAACUGUUAUCGGCAUUUUUAUUCAUUGGUGAUCGCAGGAUGCUUGCGAGAAUGUAUUCGAUCACGCAUGCCAAAAGCUAAGAAGUUGUGAAAUCAUUUUGCCGUCUUUCUCAAACUGCAAAUGAACGGAAGGCGUCAGGGAAGCUUUAAUACCAAGGCUGUGUCGAGGUACCAAUUUUAAUGGAGUUUUUCUUUACGUUAACACCGUUAUUGAGGUAUAAACUCAAACGUCUCAACACUAGUCAACGCCUUGUUAGUUUUUUCCAAAGGAACUAAAGGUAUUGUUUAGACAGCGAACAUGGACAUUAACUGAACAGAAUGAUUGAAUUGUCAGCUAUUUUAAUGGAAUAACAUUGUCUAUUUGCAUGAAGAGGUUUCGUCGGUUUCUAUUUUAGUGUUGCGUCAGUGGCGACGUUUUACAAUAAACUGAAUUUUGUGUUACCAACUAGGUUGAUACGAAAGUUUACUGAUAGUUAAAUUACCCCCGAGAAAAGAUUGAGAAGAUAACGCGCUUCGCAUAGCAUUUCGUGAUAGCGAAUCUUCAGAGCGAAGGUUUUUCUGCUCAUUGAAACUUUCUUCCGCUUCGAAAACUGGCCGGCCAUGAUCGACUUUUCUUCCUUUUUGCAAAAUUUAAAGAAAAAAAGAAACCGUGAAAAAGUUCCUCGAUAGUGUAGCCAUGGUAACCAUCUCCAGUGGUAGAUGCAUCAGUUAUUUUAGUUCUAAAGUAUCCACAUCACACUUGUUAAACUCAAUACAAUAUGGAAUAUCUCUUCAAUGUGUUGGUUAAAGGUUACAUUUUUAUGGCGUCUGUGAGCGACAAUAGAGCGAUAGAAUGUAUAUUAUGCCAUUUCACAGGUUUUCCGACUCGAUAAUGAUAAUGGUAUUAUACAUAAACCAAUUAGCAGACAAUUUUCUUGUAGAUAGUUUUGUUUAUCAAAAGCAACAACUUACCAUUAAAGAUAGACGAUAAGAUCGAACGACGUUUCGGUGUCGUUCAGCUGAUAGUGUUUUUUUUUUGACAGGUUUGAUCUAAAUGUUUUGAACAUGAACAUGCAUAUGGGGUCAUGGCGACUCCAAAACCUCUUUCGAUUUAUAGCUGAUUUAAACGAAAAUCCUUAAAUAAACAGAUCUUUAUACUAUACGUUUCUGGGAAGCUGUCCACCUACCCCUCCCCUAAGCCAAGAUUAGCACCUACUUCUCACUUAGCAUCCACUUAAACUUGCUUGGGUAACAACUUAACAACAACAGUAAGACUUGAGGAUGGCUGGGCCGUGUGGUACUGUAGGUUCAGGAACAACCAUCCUUUGCUUUCAACUGAUUAUAAUAAUCGGUGUAAAUGAUUCCUUCCUCUAUCGCUAACUAACUUGAACGUUGAAAGUAAUAAUUAAAGCUAAUUGAUCGUUAAUAAAUUCUUUUUGCGUAUUAUCUUUACAGGGAAUAGAAAAGUCUUGUUUCUGCAGAUUAACCUAAAUUUGCAAUGGAAGGCAACAUCGUAGAAGAACAUGGAUAUAUUAAUAAUCAUAGUGAUUCAUCUUUCAUCAACGACCAUGAAGAGUACUCUGAUUAUGAUGACGACACAGGAUCGGAAUGCAGCUGUUCCACGUGCUCAACGUGUUCCACGUGCUCAACGUUCGAAGAGGACGAACUAGAGCCUGGGGAGAGUUAUGACGAGGAAGAUCUGCAAUGUCCCGAAUGUGAACAUGAGAUGCAAAAAGAAAUUCACUAUUGUCAUAGUGAUACUGACUCAUUAGACAAAACUCAACUACAGGACAACGAGUUUCACUUUGCAGGGAAAAACGGUUUUACAAGCGAAGAUCAAUUUGUUUUCGAUAAGUUUGCUGAGGUAAUGGUAUUAAGUUCGGACGAUGCGCAGUUUAAAAAUGGUGGGUACCUAAUGAAUGGCGAGAAAAACUCCAAUGAAAUUCUCCUAGGUGGCAAACAAAGGAAAAAGAAAGUUCACUUUAUGGAUUCUUCGUCAUCUUCUGAUGACGUAGCUUAUGACGUAGCUCAAGCUGAAGCUUACUCUAUUUCCAGUCUUUCGGACAGCAGUACGAGCGGCUCAUACCCAGAUUGCAUUCAGCCUCUUCAAAACGGCCACAAUUAUCAUCACAUACUAAAGAAUAAUCAAGAGCAUAAGGAGCACAAAGGAGAUCUGUCAGAAGGCGAACUGGAAAGGGAAUAUAAUCGGUUAAGAGCUGUUUUUAAAACGAUUGAUCCUUUGAAACUUCAUGGUAUUCUUAAACACAGUCUAAAAACAAAAGACUCUGACGUCAUCAUGGCUUUGGGAACAUUACUUCCGAAAAGCAAGUUUACCGCUGACACUGUUCAUUGCGUUCGCUGUCACAAGGAAUAUGAUCCACACUACGGAAGAAAACGGUGUGUUCUUUAUCACCCCGAAAAAGACGUUUGGAAAGCGUCCCAGAAUUCUGAAGGAGCUACUUUUAACUGUAGUUUGUGUUCGACCACGUUUACAAUGAAAGGAACCUGGGAGUAUAAAUUGAGUCAUGCGUCCGAACAGAAUUGUGGGAUUUGUUUUGAUGGCGUUCACACACCUGAUCCAAGUUACGUUAAUUACCAGCCCUCUGGCGCGGCUCAGUGUUGUGAAGAUAAAGGCUGCAUAGUAUUUUAUGUAUAG